GUGGGCUGAAACGACAAAAGAAAGUGGGCGAAUAUGUGUUUGUUUUUAUUGUAAUCAUAAAUAGUGAAAUCGAGGCGCCUAAAUAUCGUAUAUUGGUAAAGUUAUGUCAAGUAAUAGGUUUCUUUGCAAAAAUGCAUUUUUCUAUACCUGAUCUGCAGCAGUUCCAAGAUGACAACGGAGUUUCAUACACGGGCUACAAUAUUUACAUAGAUGGAUUUUUCCACUGCACAACAAGGUAUAAGCAGCUGCUUUGCCUUCACGAACAGUUGCAAGCACAAAAUCCUUAUUUUAAGUUACCACAAUUCCCACCUAAGAAAUUAUUUCUAACCAGUUCCCAACUAGAGGAAAGGCGGAUCUUAUUGGAAAAGUAUAUUCAACUGGUUGGGCAAAAUCCUAUGUUGGCAAACUCCGAACUUCUGGUCACCUUCAUGUUUUCGGCGCAACAAGAAACACAUUCUGUGAGGAUGCACGAAGUAGACAUUGAAAUAUCUCUAAUGAACGGUUACCGAAUACCCCUCUCCGUCUCAUCCACAGACUCCUCAAGCACAAUACUUGACAUUGCGUGUAAUUAUAUCAAUUUGCCAAAAGAACUGUCAAAAUAUUUUUCACUGUAUCUUUUUAACUGGAGUUGUGCUAAGGACGGACAGCCGGCAUUGAAAAAGCUGGAGGAAUAUGAGUCUCCAUACAUAUCUCAAAAGUAUGUUAGGCCUGAAGAUAAAAUUGUUUUAAGGAAGAGUUAUUGGGACCUGUGCUAUGAUCUGGAUUUAAUGAUAGAUAGGGUGUCACUAGACCUUUUAUAUUUACAAACAAUAGAAGAGCUUGAUCUGGGCUGGUUAACAGCUGAGUCACAUAUCAAAGACAUACUGAAAUCAUAUGAAGAAAAGAAACAAAAGAGAGAGUACUUAGAGCUGGCGCGGACCUUGAGGCACUACGGGCGGAUACCGGCUGGCGAGGCAGUGACGGACUCGAGCAACAUAUCAGGGGCGACCGGGGCCACCUGCCGCGUGUCCGUGGCGCUCGCCGGCCGCGAGCUCAUGCUGACCAGCCCUCAAGCUAGGGAGCAACGGUACAAGGUCACCAGGAUGCGGUGCUGGAGGAUCACAACUUUACAUGGGGUAGACCAAUCACUAUCAAACGGCCACCGCUCACUACUGGAGGAGUCGAACAAGAACUUCGAGCUGUCCUUCGAAUACCUCAUCAGCAAAGACAACCUGAAGUGGAUCACCUUGAAGACGGAACACGCCACGUUUAUAAGCGUCUGUUUGCAGUCGAUCGUGGACGAGCUGAUGCGGCAGAAGGGCGGGUCGGGGCCGGCGUCGCCUCGCGCGCGCGGCGCGGGGCUCACGUUCCUGCGCCGCGACGGCUCCUCCCACCGCGUCACCCCCUCCUCCUCCAGCGACACGCUCAGCUCCGCCAAUGGAGAUUCAUACAACUCGGGCAGCUCUCGAGAGAUAUUCUCAGUUCAGAAGUUGACUGAGAAGUUCGCGUCCGUCGCCUUCAAGACCGGCAAGGACUGCGUCGAGAACAACGCUUUCGAAGCUAUUGGGGACGAGGAGCUAUAAACUACUGAGGAAAGU